AUGACGAGAGGAUCAAAAUUCGAGGUCUCAAAAUUUGAUGGUCAUGGCAAUUUCGGAUUAUGGCAGACGAGAGUAAAAGAUUUAUUGGCGCAACAAGGAAUUCAGAAAGGGCUGCGCGCAGAAAAGCCAAAGGGGAUGGAAGACGAUGAUUGGCAAGAUCUGCAGGAACAGGCGGCCGGGAUGAUUCGGUUGUGCCUUGCAGAUGAAGUUAUGUAUUACAUUAUGCAUCUCAAAUCGACAGAUGAGAUCUGGAAGAAACUGGAAUCGCAGUUUAUGUCGAAAACCCUAACGACAAAAUUGUAUCUGAAGCAGAGGUUAUACGGGCUGAAGAUGCAAGAGGGGACCGAUUUAGGGCAACAUGUGAAUAUCUUCAAUCAGGUUGUCACGGAUUUGGCUUCACUCGAAGUCAAGAUUGAAGAUGAAGACAAGGCGAUGAUUUUACUGUGUUCGUUACCUCCUUCUUACUAA